GUAAGACCAUCGGUCCACCAGCUGCCGAUUUUGCACGUUGCAGGACGAGGGCGAGGGCGAGGGCAAGGGCUUUCUCAGCUUGCUGGCUUGUCUGCUGCCAUUGGUGUUGUCCCUUGAAUGCUUGUCAAUUGAUGGCAGUUCUUGAGGGGAGGAAUUGCUGUCCAGUGUUCUAUCAGCAGCUGCGGAGCUUUCCUGAUCAGGUUCUGCCACAAGAGCCUCCACAUGCUCUCUGCUCUGCAGUUGAAGCUUAGCUCGCUGGCAUCUGCACCACUCAGGCUUUUAAGAUUGAAGCUGCCCUAGGAGCUGAUUGAAGGGCGCAAUAUGGAUUUCCAGGAGAGUGAGGCCCUGGAUGGUCUCCGUUUCUCCUGGAACGUAUGGCCGUCCUCAAGGAUAGAGGCCACGCGAAUGGUCGUCCCCUUCGGCGUUAUUGUAACUCCCUUGCAUAAGCUGGAGGGUAUGCCGGUGCUGCCGUAUGAGCCCGUGACCUGCAAGGGCUGCAGUGCAGUGCUCAACCCAUAUUGUCGGGUGGAUUUUCAGGCGCGUAUCUGGGUGUGCCCCUUCUGCUACCAGCGCAACCACUUCCCGCAGCACUACCACGGCAUCUCCGAACAGAACCUCCCGGCAGAACUCUAUUCCACAUACAGCACCGUAGAGUACGGCCUCGCCACGCCGCCGUCGGGCCCGCCCGCGUUCCUCUUUGUGGUGGACACGUGUCAGCCGGAGGAGGAUCUACAGGGCGUGAGGGACGCCCUUACGCAGGCGCUGUCGCUGCUCCCGGAGAGCGCACUUGUGGGGCUCGUCACCUUUGGGACGAUGGUCCAGGUUCACGAGCUCAAGGAGUCCGAGUGCCCGCGCUCCUACGUCUUCCGCGGCGACAAAGAGGUAUCCGCCGACGAGGUCGCGCAGCUGCUCGGCAUCACCCUCGCCACGCCCCAGCAGCCCCCGCGCGGCGCGCCCGCGGCCGCCGCGCCGUUCGGCGGCGCCCCCGGCGUCGGCCGCUUCCUGCUCCCGAUCUCCGAGUGUGAAUACACCCUCACGACGGCGCUCGAGGAGAUCCGCGCGGACCCCUGGGGCCGGGCGCCGAACCACCGGCCGCUGCGGUCGACGGGCGCGGCGCUCGGGGUCGCGGUCGGGCUGAUGGAGAAGUCCGUCCCGAACGUCGGGAGCCGGAUCAUGCUGUUUCUGUCGGGGCCGUGCACGAACGGGCCAGGGAUUGUGGUGGACCCGGAUCUGAGCUUCCCGAUGCGGAGCCAUCAGGACUUCGAGAAGGACAAUACGAUGUACUACAAGCGGGCGGUCAAGUAUUUCAACGGGCUCGGGGGACGGAUGGUGAAUAAUGGGCACGUGCUGGACAUCUUUGCGUGCUCGCUCGACCAGGUUGGGCUGGCGGAGGCGAAGAACGCGGUGGACAGCACGGGGGGCCUUAUGGUGAUGGCCGAAGAAUUUACGAAUGAAAUCUUCAAAAAGUCAUUGCAGCGUAUGCUGCAGAGCGACGAGCAGGGGAACCUUAACAUGGCCUUCAACGCCAGCAUGGAGGUCUUGACGACCAAAGAAGUGAAGAUCAGCGGCGCGAUCGGGCCCGUAUCGUCCCUCAAGAAGAAAUCAGCGUGCGUUGGCGAGGGCGAGAUUGGCAUUGGGGGCACGAGCCAGUGGAAGAUCUGCUCGCUCAACUCCAAGACAGCGGUCGCGGUUUACUUUGAGGUGGUGAACCAGCACUCGAGCCCGGUCCCCGAGGGCCAGGUGUUCUUCCUCCAGUUCGUCACGCAGUACCAGCACUCGAGCGGGCAGCGGCGCCUCAGGGUGUGCACCACCGCGCGGCGCUGGGUCGAGGGGCAGGACAACACGCAGGAGCUUGCGGCCGGGUUCGACCAGGAAGCGGCUGCGGUGCUGAUGGCGCGGCUCGCCGUGUUCAAGACGGAGCACGAGGACGCGUUCGACAUUCUGCGGUGGCUGGACCGCAUGCUCAUCCGGCUGGGGUCCAAGUUCGGGGAGUUCCAGAAGGACGACGCCGCCUCGUUCCGGCUGUCCGCCAACUUCUCCAUCUACCCCCAGUUCAUGUUCCACCUGCGGCGCUCGCAGUUCCUUCAGGUCUUCAACAACAGCCCCGACGAGACCGCCUUCUUCCGGCUGAUGCUCAACCGCGAGGGCGUGCUGGGGUCCCUCAUCAUGAUCCAGCCCACGCUGCUCUCCUACUCCUUCGACGGGCCCCCGGUUCCCGUCCUUCUCGACGUUUCCUCCAUCGGCCCCGAUCGCAUUCUGCUGCUCGACUCGUACUUCAACGUGGUGGUGCACUACGGGGCCACGAUUGCGCAGUGGCGGAAACUAGGUUACCAGAACGAUCCGGCGCACGAACACUUCAAGAAGUUGUUGGAGACUCCCGUUCAAGAUGCCGAGGCGUUCAUUGCGGACCGGUGUCCAAUCCCGAAAGUCAUCGAGUGCGAUCAAGGUGGUAGUCAAGCCCGUUUCCUGCUCGCAAAGUUGAAUCCUAGCGCUACUCACAACAGCCAACAGUUUGGUCAAGGGGAGGUGAUCUUCACCGACGAUGUUAGUUUGCAAGUUUUCACUGACCACUUAGCUCGCUUAGCAGUACAAUCAUAGGAUCGGACAUGACAGAAAGAGCUCCGGAAUCAAGACAGUUAAACCAAUACUUCUUGCGCAAACCAUGUGCCCGGUGACACCAGAAGGCCUUCGCGAUAGCAGUACAUGAAAGUGCUCAUCUCAAGCUUUUCAUGGCGUGUGCUAACAAAACACCCCUAGCUCACAUUUGGAACACAACCGUCGAUGUUACCCUG